AGCCAAAGCUGUAUCUAAACGUAGAUACCUACGUCCUCCGGUUACUUCUGCCAAGCAUUCAAGGGAGGUACCGGAGUCAAGCACAGUUAGAUACAGGUAGCGUGGUGUGUGGUGUGUGGUGUGCGUCUUUGCUGCAUGAGAGCGGCUGGGUCUCUCAUUAUGGGGCCACUCACACUCUUACUAGGUAGGUACCUAGGUGUAGGUACUCCGUACUCUCACUCACUCCCACUCCCACUCACUCUCACUCCCACUCACUCCCACUCCCCACGCUCUCCUCUCUCUCUCUCUCUCGCUCUCUCUCUCCUUCACUCACUCGCAUGUACCUUUUCCCACCCUUCCCACCUUUCCGACAGCGCGCCGACCACAAAAGUGACAUUGGCCGGUUAAAACACCAUUGCUCUCUCUCUCUGCCAAUCCUUUCUCGUCUCCUCCGCUCGUCUCCAACCCUUUACCUACCCUCUCGUCCCCCCCUUCUGCCCUUCCUUCGCUCU